AUGGCGGCAGUUCCAUCAGAACCUCCCCCACGCGGUCUUAAAGACAAAGUCGCGAUUGUGACUGGGGCAGGAUGCGACGGUGACGGCAUUGGUAAUGGGCGUGCGAUAUCGAUCAUGCUUGCCGAUGAGGGUUGCCAUGUCCUGUGUUUGGACCUGAAGAUGCCUUGGGCGGAGAAGACCGCAGAGAUGGCAGCGUCGAAACCACACCGGGGAAGAGCUAUCGCAAUGGAGGCAGAUGUCACCAAAGCUGGUGAUUGCGAAGCAGCAGUGACUAAAGCACUGGAAGAGUUUGGGAAGCUGGAUAUCCUAGUCAAUAACGUCGGGAUCGCUGGUGCAACAGGAACCGCGGUCGAUGUUGACAUGGAAACUUGGGCGAAGGGACUUGAGAUCAAUGUGACCAGCAUGGUACAGAUGGCGAAGUACUGCAUACCGGCUAUGCAACGAAACGAUGGUGAAAUGAAAGGCAGCAUCAUCAACAUGGGCUCAGUGGCCGGACUCAAAGGAGGAACACCACACCUGUUGUAUCCAACCAGCAAAGGUGCAGUGGUAAACAUGACGAGGGCAAUGGCUGCGCAUCAUGCACCUGAUGGCAUCAGGAUGCUUUACACACCCAUGAUGUAUGCAGGCGGUAUGAGCGAAGAAGCUCGCGAAGCUCGGAAGAAGAGGAGCUUACUCGGCACAGAGGGCAACGGAUGGGAUGCAGCCUGCGCCGUAACAUUCCUCGCUUCAGACCAUGCGAGAUGGAUGACGGGUGCAGUACUGCCUGUUGACGCUGGUGCAACAGCUGCGGUGGGUAUUGGUAUGCCGAAGAGUGCCAGUGUCAACGGUUAG